UUUGCAUCUGGAUAUUACUUACUGUACUAUUUAUUUGUAUGUACACAUACAUAAGUAAUUAGCUGUUUUCAUAGAAUAUUAGAUUUAUCUGAGAUUAUCAAUGAAUAUACAAAAGCAAUGGGAAAUUCAGACACUAAACUCGCAUUGAGAAAAGCUGUUAUUCAACUAACAUCAAAAACACAAGUUAUAAGUGAUUCUGAAAAUGUUUUUUGGGAUCAGUUUUGGUCAGAAAGUACAAGCAGUGCCCAAGAUUUUUUUGCUUUAAUACCAGCAUCAGAAAUUCGGAAACUCAGGGAUGAAGUUCCACAAAAUUUGGCUACUCUGUGCCACAAAGCAGUUGAGAAAUUGGUUCAGUCAGUUGAUUCUAGCUGUCGAACACAGCAUGAUCAAAUUACUGCUCUAAAUUGUUGUCGAUUACUAGUUCGAAUAUUACCUUAUAUAUUGGAGCAUCCGAAUUGGAAAGAUUUUUUUUGGUCACAUACUCCAGUGAAUAAUUUAAAAGAAACUAAUCCACUGGCUGAGUCAUUGUUGAACGCUAUUUUCGAUCUUCUAUUCUGCCCAGACUUUACAGUAACAACUGGCCAAAAAGCAUUGACGGAUACAGAAGAAUUGGCUUCUAUAGAUAGUUGUGAGUAUAUUUGGGAGCCUGGCGUUGGAUUUGCACAUUCUCAACCAAAAAACUCAAUAUUUUUUAGUAACCGCACUGAGUUACUUAAAGUCUUGUUAACUUGUUUUGGUGAGACAAUGUAUGUAAACUCAGACGAUUCAGCUGAUUUUGUCAAUAAAUGGAUACAAUAUACAACAAGCUCUGAAAAUAGACAUGCUUUGCCAAUGUUUACGUCAUUAUUGAAUACAGUAUGUGCAUAUGAUCCGAUUGGCUAUGGUGUUCCAUAUAAUCACUUGAUAUUCGCAGAUUCUACAGAACCUCUUGUAGAUAUUUCAUUACAAAUUCUGAUUGUUUCUUUGGAUCAUGAUACUUGCAUUUCAAAUAAAAACGGCAAAGAUAAAAUUGGAGAUAAUUUAUUUAUAAAUUAUUUAAGUAGAAUCCACAGAGAUGAAGAUUUUUCAUUCAUACUCAAAGGGAUUACUAGAUUAAUGAAUAAUCCUCUACUUCAAACGUAUUUGCCUAAUUCAACUAAGAAAGUCCAAUUUCAUCAGGAACUGCUUGUUUUCUUUUGGAAAAUAUGUGACUACAAUAAAAAAUUUUUAUAUUUUGUACUCAAGAGUUCAGAUGUAUUGGAAGUUCUCGUGCCGAUUUUAUUUUAUUUAAAUGAUUCUAGAGCUGAUCAAUCCAAAGUAGGUUUAAUGCACAUUGGAGUUUUCAUUUUAUUAUUAUUAAGUGGUGAGCGGAAUUUUGGCGUAAGAUUGAAUAAACCUUACACUGCUACUGUACCCAUGGAUAUUCCUGUUUUUACAGGAACCCAUGCUGAUUUAUUGGUAAUUGUUUUUCACAAAAUAAUUACUACUGGGCAUCAAAGAUUACAACCAUUAUUUGACUGCUUAUUAACUAUUUUAGUAAACGUAUCGCCAUAUUUGAAAACAUUGUCAAUGGUUGCUAGUACAAAACUUUUACAUUUAUUAGAGGCCUUCAGUACACCUUGGUUUCUAUUCUCAGCUCCCAACAAUCAUCAUCUGGUUUUUUUUUUGUUAGAAAUAUUUAACAAUAUAAUACAAUAUCAGUUUGAUGGAAACAGUAAUCUUGUUUAUACGAUUAUCAGAAAAAGACAAGUUUUCCAUAGCUUAGUGAAUUUACCAGUUGAUUGUAACUUAUUAAUUAAGUCAGUAGAAAAAACUUCUUUUCGUGAAGAAUCCAGUCCAAAAUGUUUCGAUGAAUUAUUAGAAACUUCAAUGGAAGGUGCGCGCCCUGCAGCACCAGCAGAGCCCGGCACUCUCAAAACAUCAUUACUGAAAAUACCAGAUGUUGGCAUUAUGACAGAAAAAAAAUCUGCCCACUGCAUAAACAAUUCCAAAGAUAAAAUAUUGAAUGAAGCUACAAAUGAGUUGAAUAUAAAUACUCAUCCAUCUUCGCAUAUUAAAAAAAUCAAUGAUCCACCGAAGCAAUCUAUUUUAUCAAUUACAAAUGAUGAAUGGGUACCAACAAUAGAUUGGAUAAAUCAAUGGAAAAGUAAAUUACCACUCCAAACAAUCAUGCGUUUGCUACAAGUUCUCGUUCCACAAGUAGAAAAAAUUUGUAUAGAUAAAAGUCUCACUGAUGAAGGAGAAAUUCUUAAAUUUCUACAACAUGGAACAUUAGUGGGAUUACUACCUGUACCCCACCCAAUUCUUAUUCGUAGAUAUCAAGCUAACACUGGCACCUCUGCAUGGUUUAGAACAUAUAUGUGGGGUGUGAUCUACUUAAGAAACAUCGAACCACCCAUAUGCUAAAAUCGUGCAGUUAAUGUGGUGUCAUCUUCGAAAGAGGUACAAUCGCCUACAAUUGGCUUUGACGGACGGAAGACUGGAUUUUAGGACUAUGACCCGUUGCAAUCACGAGUAUUUGUAUAGGAUGGAUUUUGUAUACCACUUCGGGAAUUUUUAUAACCGCACGUUCGAAGAGCGCUGCCGCAAAGCAGGCAUAGUGAUCAGUUUUUAGGAUUAAACAUUGC